CAGCAAUUGACCGAUUUUCUAAGGUGUACAACAAUAAAACACAAAUUUCGAUAUUAAAACUUUCUAAAUAGCAAACAAGUCUAUUUAAUUUAACUCAAAUUCUUUUUAAACAACAAAUAACUAUAAAAAAUCUAUAAACAUGGCUAAAAUGGCAUUUCAGCAUCAGGCCGGCACGGCCAUGGAGUGUUUGAGCAUUCCAAUAACGCUACACAAAGAGCAGGAUUACGAUCAGGAGGGCAGAGAGAUCUUAAAAUGUGGGUUCAAAAUUGGUGGAGGCAUCGAUCAAGAUUAUAAGAAAAGUCCACAAGGUUAUACAGAUUAUGGUAUUUAUGUCACUGAAGUUCAUGAUGGUAGCCCAGCUGCACGUGCAGGUUUGCGUAUACACGAUAAGAUUUUACAGUGUAAUGGCUAUGAUUUUACCAUGGUCACUCAUAAAAAGGCCGUAAGUUAUAUACGGAAACAUCCAGUAUUAAAUAUGUUGGUGGCUCGUAAGGGAGUAACCUCUACAUAAGUGUUUUAUGAAUAGAAUUCAGCUGAAUUCUGAUAAAAACCUCUUGUCUACCUUUAUAUACAAAUUAAGCAAUUGUUAUCGUCUGCAUAAUCAUACUCUACAAAAAAAAAAAUAACACGACGCUAUCUUUAUCUAUCCACCUAAUACUCGGCAACUUAUUUUACUAUUUAACAGGCGUGUAAUCCGCUCAAGCUUUUCUUGUUGUAGUAGUAAACGUAAUUUUAUAUUCCACGUUAUGGAAACGCGCCUGUUAUACACUAUGCUUAAAUUGUGCACAUCCAAAAAUUUCAAUUUAUCGGAUGAUAGUAUAAUUAAGCAACUUUUAAAGAUCUCUUUUUUUCAACUUACUUUAUUUUAAUGCUAUUAUUUUUAUAAGUUUUAACUAUUUCUACUACAUUUUCUUCAAUUGUCGAUCAAGCCAAUAUAAAUAUUUAAUCCGUGGCCAAAUUAUUGCUAUAAGUCUAUGCUCUUAAACAAAACAAUUUAAUAAAUAUGUAAUUAAAACAACAAAAGAUUUAUGUAUUAAUUAAAUGUACAUUAGAAAAAGUAACACAAGCAUUUAUAUUUAAAAACAAAAUCAGAAGAAAACAAACUUUAUACUUUUUAUAUGCACAAUUUGUAGUACAGAGCAGCAUUUCAUUCAUGACUAUUUUAUUAUCUACAUCUUUGUUUAAAUUUUCAAUUCAUACAUACAAACAAAAAUAUAGAUUUUUAUGAAAAUAUCUAAACAAAAUAGUAUUUUAUGUGAUACAAACAAAAAUAAAAUGUGGUUAUUUUAAGCAUAGAAAACAAUUCUAUAAUAAAUACAUACAUUCAUUAUUAUUCAUGUGUAUUAACAUUAUUAAUUUUAAGAAGUUUUAUUUUUUUAUUUGUUAAUAAAAGUAAUGAUUUGUAAUUUAUAUUUAAUAAAUGAAAACCGUUUCUUAUUUUGCAAAA